UGUACCUCUAGAAAUCAGUGAUGUUGUCCCUUCUUCAGCAAAGGAGAACCUAUGGCUGCUUCCUGCCAAGGUCAAAAGCGUACAACCCAUCUAGGGGUAGAGCAUUCGCAAAGACAACCGUCCUGCGGCUGACAGCAAGCAAGCAGAUUGACGUUUUUGGGUCGAUGCCGUCCGAAUUAUCGACAAGCGAGAAUCGGAAGAUAAAAGAGAUAAUUUUUGCGAAGACAAUCAUCGUUGUCGUCACUGAUGGAGGACUCUGUCGGGCUUUUUACCUAGGAUCUGGUCUUUUGGCACUCGAACUUAAUCCGAGGAACCCCUGGAGAAAGGUCACAACGGCGGUCUACAACCACAAUAACGAUACUAUUGUUGUUGUUUACGAGCCAAAUCCAGGAGGCCUCCAAUGUCGGGAUAGCAUGAACGUCCUUACAGAAGAAUUGGUUCUGUCUCACCCCGCCUUUUUCGAGUUUGAUGAGGCCAACGGCAUGAUUUUAGCAGCUCAACAAGGGAAUGUGCGGUUCUUCCAAUUUUGGAAUCAUGAAACGUUCACACUGGUCUUCUCUGUGUACGAAGAAGAAUUUGAAGCCGUAUUCGAUAUUGAAGACGGAAGACGCUUGGCGGACGUAGAGAUUCCUCUAGAUCAUUACCGGAGUGUGGAAUUUCUGGAACUCCUAGUUUGCCAGCUUCUUCUGAAACAAGAGAGACUCAGCCUUCGAAUCAUCAACCUACUUGAUGGGGGCACAGGCCACAAGGUGGCCCAAACCCGGGAUACCUUCGCUCCCAUCGGUUUCGUGUUUUUUGAGGCUCCGGAACGUGUCUACAACAAAAAGUACCUUAACAACUGUCACCGUCGCUUCUUCACAAUUUCUGAGGGGAAAAUUGAGUUCUGGUCACUGCGUUGUGAUACUCUGGACCAUCUGCACACCAUUCGGGUCGCAGGGCUUCGGGAUGCCGGACUAUGCCAACAGUCUGUACAAGCCGAUUUACUUGUUGUUUUCGCCAGCGGAGGCGCUGAGCCAGGAUUCCGCCCGUCCUUGGAUGGAUUCACUACUGGAUUAGAGUUGCAAAGAAAUUAUCUUCAGUCGUCCACACCGAAAUCCAAACCAAGUCAAGCAUGUAGAGAAGCUCGUUCGUUCGGCGCCGCACCUCGAAAGAACGACCUAAGGAGAAGUGGGCCAGAAGGCGUGCACUUUCUCUCACUCUACGACGGCGAGCUGCUUGGCACUGUAUCACCUGAGCUCUGCGGGUACUCAACAGAAGUCCUGCAGCUCUCGGGGGACGCUCAAACAAUCGCCUGUGGAGACGCUCAUGGAGCGGUUCGACUGGUCAGGAUACCGACGCCAUACGAUACGCCCUCAACCGCCGAUCAUGAAGGAAUGCUGCGCACGUCGAAGCUCAAUCAGCGCAUCAGUCCAUUCUUCACCUUGCCUAUUCCACCUUACGAACUGCAGUUAUCGCUCUCCCGUAGACUGUCACCAGAGAGGCCGUCUCUAGUGGUAGACCGACUGGCCACUGAGCACUUUACCACUUCACUGCAACGCUUGUCCAAUGACAAGAGUGCCGAGUCUGAAUUUCAGUCGAAACGGACAAAGAGGAGCCUCGGAGAAGAACGGCCGAGGGAACCCGCCAGAAACUUGGAGUUAAAACACCAGAAACAGAAGGUGAGCAUGGAAGCUCAAUAACGAGGACCGCCUGUACAUUUGUGUUGUGGCCUCGUUACGACUUCUACAAACCGUCACCUUCGUCGUUGUAGCAACCAGUGGUUUAUUCGAAAACACAUGUCGGCGUUACGCUUCAGUGGAAUACGCAACUCAUUUUAAACCAGCUUGAAACAACGUUUAGUCCUGUGAUGUUCAUCCUGUUACUGCGGACCAAACAUGCAAUUUACCCAAUCCCUGUUACUCUCCAUAUGAAAAGUCUCGUUAUACGGCACA